AUGGAAAAGACAAGUUUAGAACAAGAGGUUUUUGAAAAAAGAGAAGUGUGCUGUGUAAAAUGUGACAGUCUUCUUAAAGUCAUCACCCAAGACCUUACAGUUAGAGAGGUGUGUACACAGGAUGAGCAGCUAGACAAUCGACGGGCUAUGCCCAGGAGAGAGAAAUUGAAAAAUGAAAGAGAAGCCUCUGAGGAAUUAACCUUCAAGCAACAAAAGAACCAGAAGGUACUUAGGCAUGACUUCAAUCCAAACUCUAACCAUAUUCCAUACGAUAAAAUCCUUACAGUACAAACAUGUCAGGAAUGUGCUCACUGUGGCAAAAACUUCAGCUGGCAUUCAGAUCUAAUUCUCCAUGAGCAAAUGCAUUCUAGUGAGAAAUCCCACAUGUGUCAUGAGUGUGGGAAGGUAUUGAAGAGCAGAAAGCAGUGUUCCAUGCACCAAGUAAUCCACACAGGAGAGAAACCCUUUGAUUGCACUCAGUGUGGGAAAGCCUUUAACGGCAGCAGGAACCACCUCAGUAUCCAUCAGAUGAUCCACUCCGGGAAGAAACCGUACACAUGCGAUGACUGCGGGAAGGCCUUCCAGUUCAGAUACGCCCUUACCAUCCAUGGCAGAAUCCACACUGGAGAGAAGCCAUAUGCAUGUGACAAGUGUGGGAAGGCUUUCAGUGGGAGUUCAGAUCUCACCAAACACACAAGAAUCCACACCGGUGAGCGACCUUAUAAGUGUAACAAAUGUGGGAAAGCCUUCUGUCGGAGCUCAGACCUAAGCAAACACAAACGAAUCCACUCUCAGGAGAAACACUUUGGGUGCCCCCAGUGUGGAAAAGCCUUCCGGCUGAAGGCAGAGCUCAGCCGACACAGCAAGAUCCACGGUGAAGAGAAACCUUACAAGUGUGAGCGGUGUGGGAAAGCCUUUCGCCAUAAUAGUAAGCGCAGGGUUCAUGAGCGAGAACACACGGGAGAGAAGCCCUAUCCGUGUGGCGAUUGUGGGAAAACAUUCCAGGAUCGCCACUGCCUUGCCGUCCAUCAAAGGAUCCACACUGGAGAGAAACCCUACGAGUGCUCCGAGUGUGGCAGAGCUUUCAGUUGUAAGUCGAACUUGACCAGUCACCUCCGAAUCCACACUGGAGAGAAACCUUACAAAUGUGAAGUGUGUGGAAAGGCCUUUCAUCAUAGCUCGAUGCUGAGGCAGCACCAAAGAAUCCACACAGGAGAGAAGCCGUACACGUGCGAUGUGUGUGGGACUGCUUUUCGCCAGUGGUCAGCUCUCAUUGGACACAAGCGAGUUCACACUGGAGAGAAACCUUAUGCAUGCAAGGAGUGUGGAAAAGCUUACAGAGUGAGCUCAAGUCUUAGUGUACAUAAGAAAAGAAAACAUUGA